AUGGCAUCUAACAGAGUGCACCCGUCGAAUGAUGAUCUUGAACACUGGAGUAGAACAGAUAACAAACCUUUAAAUACGACACCAAAUAAUAGGAGAGGAGCCUAUGAAGUCGAUGAAGGGAUCGAAGACGGUGUCGAUUUUAGGCCGACAAACGGAGCAAAAAGGCAAUUCGAAAUCGUUGGCAAAACAAGCAGUCUUCUAUCUCGACGUUUGGUGGUGUUUUUCUUGACUUUCGUAUGUCUAGUUUCUGUAACGACUUUAAUUCUGACCGUCUUUUUCAUUUAUGGAAAAAUUGGAAACAGGUGCAACUGCGCAGAUUCGAUGACAGAGAGUCAACAGGAUCAAGGUUAGAAUCGUCUAAUUAGCUGGUUCAUUUCUGUUGCAGCGCGGUAGUUACUGAUUGUUUUCAGACAAACUCAGUCCUGCUGCGUGAGUUUAAGGACUCCUGGUACUGAAAUUUUGACGUUUCGUCAAAAGUCUGUCAAUAAUCUGUGUCGGUGUGUUUUUCCAAACAAUGUCAUCAAUUUGCUAGUCAUACUAAAACAGCAUCAAAUUAAGUUAUUAUCUUGAACAGCUGGUCAGUUUUCGAGUCAGGACUUUCAGCUUUGUAAGCAAUGUUCACUUGAUCCGGGUCUCUCUAAAGUUGGUGAACUUUAAACAUAAGUUAAUUUUGGGCCAGAUUUUCUUGUCUAGGAAUAUGCAACUAAUGAAUUUUUCAAGCCCUUCCUACUUAGCUACCAACUUAAUAAGUAAGCAAAUAACAACUUUAAAAGUUUCAGUGUUAGGGCAAACGCAGACUGAGUUCAUGAGCACUAGCCUAAGUGUAUUUUUUUUGUUGUUGCUUGCGUACGUAAACUAUCAACCUCUACAGACAAACAGCUUAUUAUGGGGCUGUCACUAAGAGCGUACGUAAUACUACGCAUUCUUUGUUCGAUGAUUUUUCAUGGCGCGAUUGCUCAUUUUUAUUCCAAAGGGUUUAUCUAAAGGUAAACCGAAUGCAUAAGGGAAAUAAUAAAUUUGACAACCAUUUUUAAUUCAGAUCGAUAAAAAGCACAAUGCCAAGCUUAAAGUUUGGGUCGGUAAUUCGGAAAGGCUACAGUUUAAGAGUUUUAUCCACUGACAUUCCCAAACAUGAUUUCUAAGUUACUUUUAAGUUUGUUUUAUUUUUCCUGCUUGUCCUGAACGGAUACACAGUUCAACAGUUUCAUCCACUGAGAUUCCCGAACAUGAUUUCUAAGUUGUUUUAAGUUUGUCUUCUUUUUUCCUGCUUGAGGUUUUAGCUCUGAAAGGGAACAUAGGUGGUACUCAGCAAAACACUCACCACAUGAGCGGCAUAUGUCUUCCUUUAUUAAUGAAAAAAUAUUAUGUGAUAAGUGUUUAUAAAACAUAACAACUUUGUCAAGGAGAUCUUAUUUGACAAAAAAGUUAACUGUUUUAAAAUAUUGUUAUUGGGGUUACGUCAACGUUUCUAAGAUACGCAAAACAGUUGACCGCAUGACACAUAAUGUCAUUUUGUUGGUGUUAAUUCGUGCGUAACCUUUCAAAAAAGAACGGUGUUGCAUUUACAAAUAAAUAUCCAUACUUCCUAUUUCUUUCCACUAGCUUUAUCUGUUUGUUAUUAUUUAGAUUAUCAUCACCAAACCAUUGACGGUAAUGAAUAGGCAAAAUGGGAUGAUAAAUGUUUCUUGAAUGUAAUAAAAUGACAGCCGCCAAUGAGACAUCUUUUUCACGUCCCUUCAUUUGUUCGAGAAAAACGGAGCUUUUGCGAGUUUUUGCUUUUAACUGCAAUUUGAUGUCCAUAACUCUUUCAUCUCCCUAGCGGCUAGGAUGGAUGCUAUUUUACUAUACCUUUGUUCUGUUAUUGGUAGUUGGAAGUUGAUACUACAGUUCACUUACCUAUCACGAUUUUGCGAUUCGAAAAAUAUUUGGAUCAUCUUUUUACGUGUGAUUGUCAUCUUAGUUAUAUCUGUGUAAACGCAGUUGCACUGUCGACGGCUAUGAGCGACAUAUAGGCCUCCAACAAGGAGAUAUUUUGUAAUUUUAAGUAGUAUAUGAUGAUUAUGAUGAUGAUGAUGAUGUGAAAGGUAUGGUUACCAACUCCCUUGGUUAGUUCUCCUAUUGUCUUGCAGCUUCAGGAUCUUCUUCAACUCAAGCGCUGUCUUCUGAUCCGGAAAACAACGAUAACUUGGGGAGAUUGAAAGUUCUAGAAGAAAAUCUAACUAAAGUACAUGAGGCUCUGGUAAGAAAAAAUUCAUACAGUUAAUUCAAAUCGCAGAGGUGGGCAGCGUUCAUGUUACAACCCAAUACCUCUCUCAAAAGCAUAAAACGUCAUCCUAUUUUACACUGUAUCAUGAAAGAAAAAAAAACUCAGCAGUUGAGUGGUAUCUGAUCCAUUGGCCUUUGCGUUAGCGCUGGAGUGCUCUACCAGCUGAGCUACGAAGACCCAUACAUUGGGAGCAGGCCAAUUUGUUGAGUUUAUUUUAACACAUGAAAGGAAUGAAACAUGAAAUAAAGAUAAUGUAAACUGCGGAAAUGUAAAAUUGUUAAAUGAAGACAUGAUUGUCGCAAAUGUAAAAGCAUACAAUUUAAGUUGAUUGCAACUUAACCCCUUCCCCCAACCACCCCCUCCCCCCCCCCCCCCACAAAACACAAAAAAAAAAACACAACAAACACAAACGAACAAAAAUACAACACCCCCCGUAACAUCCCGCCUCAACAUUCGCACCCGUCACUUCAAACACAAUCCCCCUUUCCCUCCACGUGGACUAGGCAUCAGACAAUGAAAUGUUUACGGACGGGAAGUAGGGGACCCCCCCCCCCCCCCCCCGGCGGCAAACGAAGGAAAAGAGCAACGGACGGGACACGGGGCACCCCCCCCCCCCCCCCGCCACGAGCAACACAAAGUUUCAAGAGAGGGGCAGCAGAAGAAAAGAGAAAAAAAAACAUAAAAAAAACAAAAAAAAAAAAAAAAAUAAAAUAAAAUGCAGAAAAGUAAAAUUUUAAAAAAAAAACAGAAAUGCCCCCAAACUAAAAAACCAAAAUUUAAAAUUAUUUCAACACAACCCCCCCCCCCCCCCCCCCCCCCCCCCCCCCCCCAAAAAAAAAUAAAUAAAUAAAAUAAUAGGCUUCAAGGGGAUUCGAAUCCAUGACCUCUGCAUUCGCCCUGUAGUGCUCUCUCAGCUGAGCUAUGAAGAACCACACGUUUGAAAGCAGAGCAAUCUGUUGAGUUCAUUUAACCCGAUUAAGCAUUUCCAAAAACGAUAACUGAUGACUGACGUAGGGCAGAAGCGUUUCGAGAUCCAAGCAAAAGUUUUCGAGUCCUAUGAUUCAGGCGUAGCUACUAUUUGCUUCAGUUGACACCCUUAUUUAGGACUAAUAAAGGAGUUCCAAUACUUUGACAUAGUUCUUAAUAUAACGCUUAGUUCAUUACUUAACUAUUAUUCAUUGUGUAGGAAUUGAAAACAAGUGAGCUCUGGAAGGAGUUGCAAAUUAUCGAGGACAAAUGUGGAAAUGCAACAGCACUGGUAAGGUUAAAAGAAUCAAGCGUAAAACCAUCCAGCCUUGUUAAAAUGAUUGACUUUUUUAAACUCAUUAUCAGUUGAUUUGUGUGAUUUAAAUAUCGUUUUCAGAUUAGAAAAUACGUCAUCAUCUUCUCCGAUAGCACGGCUAAGAACGAUGCAGUUUUGACUUGUUUAGAAGGAUGUAUUGAAACAAGUUUUACUACUUAUUAUCAUUAACAAUGCGGCCACAAAAUUAAUCAAGCCAUCACUUAUGAGAAGCCUUGAAUUUUGAAGCAACUGAUAAAGUCAGGUUUAGUUUGUAUUUACUUCGAGGUUUAUUAGAGAUAGAAAUUUGUUGGACGUACUUUUGAGUACAUUUCUGAAGCAUUUAGGGUAACAUUAUUAGGCUUCUGUUUACGCUAUGCUAUAAUAAGCAUUGCUACACUUUAAAAAUUUUUAUAGACCUGAGUCAUUUUUUAUGGUUACAGGUUACGGUUGCCUUUUUUUUACAGUGCAAAUCAAAUGAUAGUAAAACCUAUGUACUCCAUUUAUUUUAAAACUUCUUCUGUUUUUGUUAGGUGAUGACAUUGGAAAACCUGAAAGCACAAUACCUGCCUGGUCCCCCUCGUCCGGCUGGGUCACAAGGAGAACGAGGCCACAACGGCUCGAUAGGCACUCCAGGUGUAGCCGGUCUACAGGGCGUUAAUGGUUCACAAGGUAUUCCUGGCCCACCAGGUCCUCCAGGUGUUCAAGGACUGACUGGUCCUCUAGGUUCCGCUGGUCCACAAGGCCCACCAGGCCAAAAUGGCUCACAGGGUCAAUCCGGUCCUAAAGGUUCACAAGGCCCACCCGGACUUCCUGGUCAACAAGGAAAUAAUGGCUUACAAGGCCCUCCUGGGGUACAAGGCUACAAUGGCUCACGUGGAUUGCAAGGUCCUAUUGGUCCAAAAGGAUACAAUGGUUCGCAAGGUCCUCCAGGACCACGCGGACCCAAAGGCUAUAAUGGCUCACAGGGAUCGCAAGGCCCGAUUGGUCUACCAGGUCCAGCAGGACCGCAAGGUCCACGGGGCUUUAAUGGUUCACAGGGAUCGCCUGGUGCCAUUGGUCCCCAAGGGUUCAACGGAUCUCAAGGCCAGCCUGGAGAACGGGGUCCACAAGGUUACAAUGGAUCACAAGGCCCACCUGGUUCUGUUGGUCCACAGGGUUUGAAUGGCCCUCAAGGCCCUCCAGGGCCGCAAGGUACCCCAGGUUUUAAUGGAACCCAGGGGCUACCAGGCCCAGUUGGGCCACCAGGCCAUAAUGGCACACAAGGACCAGAAGGCGUUCAGGGUCCUCCAGGAUACAAUGGCUCGCAGGGUUUACCUGGUCCUGUUGGUCACCAAGGAUAUAAUGGGUCUCAAGGCGCUCCUGGUGUUCAGGGUCCUCGAGGGUAUAAUGGCUCCCAAGGUCCACCAGGUCCACAAGGUUAUAAUGGCUCUCAAGGCCCUUCUGGUCUCCAAGGAUAUAAUGGGUCACAGGGGCUACCAGGCCCUAUUGGUCCACAAGGUUACAAUGGCUCUCAAGGCCUUCCCGGUUCCCAAGGAUAUAAUGGAUCACAAGGUGCUCCAGGUGUUCGGGGUCUCCAAGGAUAUAAUGGGUCACAGGGGCUACCAGGUCCGGUAGGACCACAAGGUUACAAUGGAUCUCAAGGCCCUCCUGGUCUCCAAGGAUAUAACGGGACACAGGGGCCACCAGGUCCCGUUGGACCACAAGGAUACAAUGGCUCUCAAGGCAUACCUGGUCCCCAAGGAUAUAACGGGUCACAUGGAACUCCAGGUAUUCAGGGUCCUCGAGGCUAUAAUGGAUCACAGGGGCCACCAGGUCCAAUCGGUCCACGAGGAUUCAAUGGCUCUCCAGGUCCUCCCGGUCCCCAAGGAUUUAAUGGGUCUCAAGGGGCUCCAGGUAUUGAGGGUUCCCAAGGUUACAAUGGAUCACAGGGGCCGCCAGGUCCAGUCGGUCCACAAGGUUUCAAUGGCUCUCAAGGUCUUCCCGGUCCUGUUGGUCCGCAAGGAUAUAAUGGGUCACAGGGAGCCCCAGGUAUCCAGGGACUCCGAGGAUAUAAUGGAUCACAGGGACCACCAGGUCUUACCGGACCUCAAGGUUUUAAUGGGUCGCAAGGCCCUCCUGGUCCUGUUGGUCCGCAAGGAUAUAAUGGAUCGCAGGGACCCCGGGGCUACAACGGAUCGCAGGGUCCUCCAGGUCCGCUUGGUCCACAAGGCUUUAAUGGCUCUCAAGGUCCACCCGGUCGUAAUGGAUCUGCAGACUUCAGCCAAUGUGUGUAUAAAUUUAAAACAACGUCUGGUAAAUCUGAUGUCAAUGCAUUCCUUACUUCUGAUAUCCAAGAAGACAUCGUAAGUUGAGAUUUAUAUAAUUAAUUAUUGCUUUAUCAUUGGUUUUAUUUGUUACUUUGGUAAGUUUCAGUAUAUUACUGUUUUUGCCAUGAAAAGAAAGUGACAUAGUAAUAUUACUCUUCGAGUUCAAUUUUUAAGUUACCGUAUUCGAGUGUGCUUUUUUUUUUACGUUUGUGAUGAAUGUACGCGAAGUUUAAAAUUAAAGUUUGAAUUAUUCAAGACCAAAUUUAGACCUUUAAAAUGAUGUUUCCUCUCAUAAUUUUUUAUUGAAGUUCAAUGGAAGGUUAGAAAUAUGCAAUAUGAAUUGUUAUCGCUUGAUUUCUUUUCUUAACCCGGCCACCAAAUGGUCAAUAAUAUACGAUUUUUAGCAAAAUGGUCAAGUGACUUAUUAACACAAAAUUUGUAUCCGAUAUGUUAAGGACGAUGAGUUCUUUAUUUGUGCCAAAUUUUGAUUCAUUGCGAUUAUCUAUGCCGAAGUUGUAGCCAAUAAAUCAUUUUCCACAGUUAAACCCCUUAGUCCCAGGCCUUAAACUACUUGAGUUGGUGUGUACCGACCUUAAAAAGUAGAUUUCGUUCUACACGUGCACCUGCUAAUAUACAGAAGAAUAAAUCGAGAAACAUUAAGUUUCUUUAGUUUAUUUAGUUAUUGAAAUUGAUAUGUCAACUAAAGCCAUUGUUUAAGGAAAGCCUUUACAAUGUCACAGCAAAACAAAACUAUGAACGAACUUAACUUAUUCUAAUUAAAUUUCUCUUUUAGGAUAAAAAGAUCAUAGCUGCAGUUUGCUCCACUGAUGAUGCGCAGCAGUAUCUACUGAGUAGCUACAUUGUACAAGGUGUUCGCAAUUACAUUUGCGAAUGCAAAGGUAGCGUGACAAAUGGUACCGCUACUUCUUUACAAUGUCACAUUCACUACUGGGAAUGCCCUCUAGUUACGUGA